AUGAGGAUUUCCACACCAAUUGAAAGACGCUUUUCACAACCUUUAGAAUCUAUUUCCAAUAUAAUUAGACAGGCUGAAACUUUACCAAUUAGUGACCUAGCUAACUAUCUUAACAGUAUUGAUCAGUGGAGGUACGGAAAGACCGAUUUACUCUACUGGGUGGCAGUUUUAGACCGAUUUGAUGACCUACUAGGCCAGAUCAUUACGGAGGCUCAACUGGAUACAUUACAAAGUCGAGCUAUUCCUGAGAGUGAUAGAUUUUUAGCCCGAUCAAUUUUAAGAUUUCAAAAAUUAUUGAUAGAAAAUAGUUCUAAUAAGAGUAUUUUUAAUGGUUUUGAUAGGAUAGAUGCUCUUAUCUAUGCUUUUGAACUUGAUGUAGCUAAUGAAGCCUUAGCUUUAGCCGCUUUUUUUGCCUCUAAAAUUCACAUUCAACGUUCAAUUAGAACAAGUAUGAAUGAAAUGCAUUUAGAUGAUUUAUUAGGAUUAGUUGAACGAGUUAAUCGACCAGUAACUCAUUUUAUCUAUACGGAAGAAUCAACUCGAGUACCUAAACGAGUCAGUUUAAGUAGAUUGUUAAAAAAAGGUGUUUUUGUUAUAGAUAAGGUUAUUCCUAAGGGAGAUCAACGUAAAUUUGCCCAUACUAGGCGGAUGUACUUAGGAGAUCCUGAAGAUUUAGCUGUAUCUCGACUUUUAUCUUCGGCUGUUCUUGUUUACUGUCGGCCGGGGGCUAUGGCUAUUGAUGCUGAUUUUAUCGCCCGUGAUCUGCAUGAUUUACUUGAUUUAGUCUGUACGGCAGCUGAUAAGGUUAAAGAAGCCGCUUUAGUUAUGUUGGAUGCUUUAUUUAGGAUGAGAUUAAGACAUGCAGCUGUAGUAGCAGCAAUGGGUGCUCAUUUACAUGAUGGUUUUGUUAUGUCGCGAUUAAGAGAGGCAGUAGAAGGACAUAUGAGUGAGAUAGUGGCUUCGGCCUUUUUUAAUUUACUGAUAUCGUUUUUUGCUUCAUCUACAGGGGCAUCAGCUUUAUUUGCGGCCGGGAUAGUCCAGUACGUUUGUGCGGCCUGGCAAAGACCCGAUGUACCUUUACGUACUAAGGGCCGACUGGUGAUGGGAGCUAAUACGUUCUUGUUUACUAUAGCAGCUACUUUACCGCGCUUCUUAGCUGAACAUGGGAUGAGUAUUCUAGCUAAGGAAUUAGCUUUAGCCGUUGAUCUUAUUCUGCAAGUAAGUAAUGGUAUGGGUGGAGUUGGUAUAGGUGAUAGUGAAAAUCAAAAUCAAAGUGAAAAUCAAAAU